AUACUACAGGCCUGGUAUUGCAAUUACCUCUUUCACUUCUUGCUUUAUUUUGCUCUAAUUACUUGUUGCUAGGUAUAUGUAACCAAGGUCGCUCUAUUUGUGUUAAUGCCUCCACUAGGAUUUAAACUUGUCUACUUACUAGUCCAAUUCGGUGAAUCCGAAUUAACGCUGAGUCAGUUUUCUUUGUGAUGUUUUUGAUGGCUUUGAAAUAGGAAUUUCCAUUAAACAACAAUGAGUAAACCCACCUUUGCCUAUUUCGCCUAUGGGAGUAACCUGCUGAAGGAACGCCUUUUACUCAGAAAUCCAACUGCUGUGUUUCGGUCUAUUGCAAAGCUAGAGGAUUACAAAUUAGACUUUGAGGCGAUUACGGAUCCUAACCUCUCAAGAUGGCAUGGUGGUGUUGCUAACAUCGUGGAGAAACCUGGAGAUAGUUUGUGGGGUGCUGUAUGGGAACUAGAUAACAAGGACCUUCCCAAUCUGGACAAACAAGAAGAUAUCUAUAAAGGGUUUGAUGUGAAGGUCUGUUAUCCUGGUGGUCAGAAAGUCAUCUGUCGUACGUACAAAAUUGAUAAAAAAGGCAACCCAAUGUAUGACAAGAGGCCAUCUCCACAUUACAAGGAUGUUAUCAUACGAGGAGCACGGGAGCUACAACUACCUAAUGAUUAUCUAGACUUCCUACAAAAAAUUCCAGAUAAUGGUUAUCAAGGAAGAGUUCCCAUUUACGAGGAGGUGAUGAAAAAGCUUGGGGCAAAAUUAUAGAGACGUAAUGUUUGACUGUGUUGAGAUUUGCCAAAAUAAAAAGGAAACCUGACAACUUCAACGCCGAGGAGUUCUUCCACAGUGACGACGACGACUUCUGGGGUUUCGAGAAACGCUAUUAAACCGGCCUGCUAUGUAUUAAGACUUUCUGAUAAACGAUCCAUAAUCAAUAAAACGUCUGAUUAUUUAUUUUAUGUAAUAUUCUUGUACAUGUUAUUUAUUGUUAUUUUGUAAAUAAAAUGUAGAAUGAAAA